GGAGAGCAGGAGCGGCGUCGGCGUCUCACGUAGCCUUUUCAAGAUGGCCGCCUCUCCUGAGCGACCUGCGGAGGCGGCGGUGGCGGCUGUUAUGGGGCUGGUGGUACGGAGGGACCGCUGAGGAGGUUGACAGCCGGCUGGCGCCGUUUCUCUUGAGGUGGGAGGCGACAGCAGACGUUGCGGGCUGCGGCUGGGACCGAACACACCAUGCGGCGGGGCUAGAGCCGGAGGCUUCCACCGCGAGUAAUGAUGUUAGCUGAGACAAGUCUUUCCAUAUGGGGAUGGGGAAGCCUUGGCGUCGUGCUUUUUCUAAUAACAUUUGGACCAUUUGCUAUAUUUUAUUUUGCAUUUUAUAUCCUCUGCUUUGUGGGUGGGGGUUUUGUGGUAACACUCUUGUUUGGAAAAACCAAUUCAGAAAAGUACCUCGAACAGUGUGAACACUCCUUUCUUCCUCCAACAUCAUUUGGAAUUACUAAGUGCAUAGAAGAAAUGAAACAGGAAAGCAAGCCUAUUAAGAUUGAUAGAAGGCUAACCGGUGCCUAUAUAAUUGAUGAACCUCUGCAGCAAGUUAUCCAGUUUUCCUUGCGUGACUAUGUACAGUAUUGGUAUUACACACUAAGUGAUGAUGAAUCUUUUCUUCUUGAAAUAAGGCAGGCUCUCCAAAAUGCACUAAUUCAGUUUUCUUCUAGGUCAAAAGAAAUAGAUUGGCAGCCUUAUUUUACCACCCGACUUGUAGAUGAUUUUGCCACUCAUCUUAGAGUAUUCAGAAAAGCUCAGCAAAGGAUAACUGAAAAAGAUGAUCCAAGUAAAGAUGGAGCAGAAGAUCUUGUAGAUACAUUUUUUGAAGUUGAAGUUGAAAUGGAGGAGGAAGUUUGCCGUGAUCUAGUCUGCACAUCUCCCAAAGAUGAAGAAGGAUUCCUAAGGGAUCUGUGUGAAGUUUUACUGUAUUUAUUGCUACCUCCUGGAGACUUCCAGAACAAGAUCAUGAGAUAUUUUGUCAGGGAAAUCCUUGCUCGAGGAAUUCUUCUUCCAUUAAUAGAUCAGCUCAGUGAUCCUGAUUAUAUUAAUCAGUAUUUCAUAUGGAUGAUUCGUGAUUCAAUUUGCAACUAUGAGGCCUUUAUGAACAUUGUUAAAGUAAGUGACAGAGUAGGGGAGUUGGAAGCAGUAAGGGAUAAAGCAGCAGAAGAAUUGCAGUAUCUUCGAUCCUUGGAUACAGCUGGAGAUGAUAUCAACACUAUAAAAAAUCAAAUAAAUAGCUUAUUAUUUGUGAAGAAAGUAUGUGAUUCAAGAAUACUGAGGCUGCAGUCAGGAAAAGAAAUAGAUACUGUGAAGCUGGCUGCAAACUUUGGAAAACUUUGCACAGUCCCUUUGGACAACAUUCUAGUAAACAAUGUUGCACUACAAUUUUUUAUGGAUUACAUGCAGCAAAUGGGAGGCCAAGCGCAUCUCUUUUUCUGGAUGACAGUAGAAGGAUACAGGGUUACAGCACAGAAACAGCUGGAAGUAUUACUGAGCCUUCAGAAAGAUGGAAUGCAUCAGACUACACAAACCAAAGGCCUGUUAAGAACAGCUGCAGUUGGAAUUUAUGAUCAGUAUUUGUCAGAGAAGGCAUCCCCAAGAGUUAAUAUUGGUGAUACCUUGGUAGCAAAGCUGGCAGAAAAACUGAAUAAUGAGGAUCCAACUCCUGAAAUCUUUGACGAGAUUCAAAGAAAGGUAUAUGACUUGAUGUUGCGGGAUGAAAGAUUCUAUCCUUCAUUCAAACAGCAUGGCCUUUAUGUGCGGAUGCUUGCUGAACUAGAUAUGCUAAAGGAUCCUAGUUUCAGAGGAUCAGAUGAUGGUGAAGGAGAAUCAUUUAAUGGUUCUCCUACAGGCAGCAUUAACUUGUCAUUAGAUGACCUUUCAAAUGUGUCUGCUGAUGAGUCCAUACAACUACAUGCGUAUAUUUCAGAUACAGUCUGUGCUGAUUAUGACCCAUAUACUGUGGCAGGAGUUUGUAAUGACCAUGGCAAGACAUAUGCGCUAUAUGCUAUCACUGUUCGCCGUCGAUCUCCAAAUGGUGAUGAAGUGUGGAAAACGUAUCGUCGCUACAGUGACUUCCAUGACUUCCACAUGAGGAUCACUGAACAGAUGGAAGAUCUAGCAAAUUUAUUGAGGCUUCCUGGUAAAAAAACAUUCAAUAACAUGGACAGAGAAUUUCUAGAAAAAAGGAAGAAGGAUUUAAAUUCAUAUUUGCAGCUUUUGCUUGCUCCUGAAGUGAUGAAAGCGUAUCCAGCUAUAACACCCUAUGUGUAUGACUUCUUGGAAAAUAAGGCAUAUAGUAAAGGGAAGGGAGAUUUUGCUCGUAAGAUGGACACAUUUGUAAACCCACUGCGUAACUCUAUGAGAAAUGUUUCAAAUGCUGUCAAGUCCUUCCCUGACAGUUUCACAGAGGGGAUGACUAAAAUGUCAGACAACAUGGGCAAAAUAUCAGAAAGAUUUGGACAAGACAUAAAGCAAUCAUUUUUCAAGGAGCCUCCUUUAAUACAGAAGCCAUACGUUGAUCCUAAACACUGCCGUGUUGCAGCACACCUUGAUGACAAUGUGGAAGACAACGUUCCUCUUAAAAUAAUGCUGCUACUCAUGGAUGAAAUUUUCGACCUGAAAGAGAGAAAUCAAUGGUUACGACGAAAUAUUAAAAACCUGCUUCAGCAGCUUAUUAGAGCCAUGCAUGGAUAUACAAUAAAUAAAAAAAUAGUCGAUCACGUUGAUUGGAUGACGUCUCCUGAACAAGUAGCCGACACAGUUAAACGGUUUAGAGAUGCCUUUUGGCCGAAUGGCAUUUUAGCUGAGGCUGUUCCUCGCAGAGACAAUGCCAUCAGAAUGCGAACUAGAAUUGCUGGGAAAACAAAAUUACUGGGGAUAAUGCCAGAUGAGCUGAAGCAUAUCUUAGGUGCUGAGACAACAAGGAAAGGCAUUCUCCGAGUCUUUGAAAUGUUUCAGCAUACUCAACUAAAUAAGAGGAUGGUGUAUGUCUUUCUGGAAGGCUUCUUGGAAACCUUAUUUCCAGCAAAUGGGUUCCCUGAUCUCUUCAAAAAACUGCAUUCACGCUCAAAGCAAAUGGAGCGAUAUAAGCAUAGACUACUAUCUACGCAAGCGCCUUUUUUACAGAAAAGGUGACACUCCAAACUAUUAAAUUGGUGUCCAUUUGCCCAGGACCUGGGCAGAUUCUCUGGGGCUUAAAACUCUCAUGCUGUUAUUUCUGCACCAGUCUUUUAGUGUCACAUAUUAGAAUAUAAAUGCAUCCAUAAGAGAUGUAAUUAUUCUCAUCCUUCGUCUCUAAUGCAACUACUACCAUGAACUGGGUUCAUGUGUCUUAAAUGAUUUGGUGCAUUUUCAUGCAACAUUGAGAAUACUUGCCCGCUCUGUAAGAAUGUCUGUUCCUUCCACUCCUGAAAGAAUCUUUGAUUGCCAGCAAUGAAAAGUGCUAGACCAUGUCCACGGAGAGAUAAGUAAAGCACAAUGGUGGUGAUAGCAAUGGAGGACUUGGCUGCUUUGCUUGGAACUGGGAGAUUGUGCAAUGUGAGAAUCAGGUGCGAUUUGAUUUGCAUUUAUGACUGUUGAGGCCUUGAAGGUCUUGGUCAGCAGCGCUGAAAAGAUUGAGCUAAUAUGAAGAGACGUCUUUUGGAACAGGUGAUUCUGAGAAAUGUUAUAAUUUUUCCAAAGCUACAUUUGCUAACUAAAGGUUGAGGAAAUAUGUGCAGAAGCCACAUUAACUUCACCUUCCUGAAUUAAAAAGGAAACACUAAGUAAAUUAUCUUGGCUGGGUUUAUUUUCAGUGGGAUAGGGCAGAAGUACAGAAAAACAGACAUUGGGUUGCAUUAGCUGUUUAAGGGUCUUGUUUUGCUCUUAAAUUAUAAUCCUUGUAGUCUGCAUAUAACUUUUAAAGGAGAAUUGCACUUAGCAAGGAGAAGGGCAGAUAUUUAAAACAAGGGAUUACCACAUUUAUUAGGAAUCUGAGGGGCUGGGGAAGGGAAGCAAAUUAAAAUACAUUGCUCUUGAGAUUAAGAACCUAUUUAAAAAGAAAUGUACUAUAUGCCAUUAAAAGUCACACUAAGAUAUAUUUAAGUAUGUUCACCUCAAGUGGUAAAUUGCUAAAAUAACUUGGUUUCUUACUGACAUGGAAGUCUUAAUGACUUAAUUGAACAGUCAUAUGCAAACAAUUACAAAUUCCUGAAUGCACCAUAGUGUAUAUAUGAAAAUAAGAGACACAACUACAAUAUUUUUUUAAAUAACAAUCUUUUUUUAUUUUUUGCAUAAUGUAAAAUUUUAAUAAAUAAACCUCUUCUACACAGAAAAGCCCCCUGUCUAUCCUCUUUACUUCCAAACAAAAUGUCUAACUGAGAAUGGAGUAAUAAUUGACUAUACUUGCUUAGCCUUAAUUUAUCUUGGACUCAAAACACCUCCUUUUCUGACUCUCCUUGGUGAACACCUUCUACAACCAAUGAAUUACAACCCAUUGCUUAUAAACCUCUGAAUAUUCUGCUACAUACUGUGUUAAAAAAAGAUUUUAAAACCCAGAAAACAUCCAAGGUAUUAUACAUAUUUAAUGCUCUUAUAUUAAACACAUAUUUUUGGAAGGGAGUCUGAUUUUAAUCACUGGGCAAUAUGUUAGGGGUUUGGGUAUAAAUGUAAUACCUACAGAUCUUGCAACGAAGGUCCUCCAUUUAGUAACUUACAUUCAGGAGAAAAUAUCUGACACUUUGGAGGAGGAAAGGGGAGUAGCUGAGAAGUGCAUCUGCUUAAGGACUGCGGUCUGGUUCCUCCCACCCUUCUUACUUAGAUUCCAUAAUGUCUGCUCAAUAUUGCUAUAAAGUCUGCUCAAUAUGGGCUGUAAUAAUUCUUUGCGUCUUCAUUUACAGUAAGCAUGUGUUUAAGUGCAAUUGUUUUGUUCUGUCUCUGCAGAUCUACAUACUAUAUAUGUAAUCCCUUUUACCAGUAUCAGGACAGCUGAAGAUAACAUGCAUUAAGUAUCAAUUCCCUGUCCCACAUUCUCCAUGUUUUUAAGUAAAGAUGACAAUUGACAUGAAACUCUUUCAUACCUGUUUUAAACAUUUCUAUUGAUUUGAUCUUCAGUCUAUGGCCUAAUUCUCAUUGAAGUGGGUGAUACCACUUUAAUUGCAGGUUGAUUGAAUGAUGAUCAUCCAUGCAUAUUUUUUUUUAAAAUCACUGCAUGUAGAUAGCAUGUCAGGAAGAAUAUUGUAGCUCAGCUUUCCCCCAGCAUGUUAGUUUUCUAUGAAGGGAUUUUGUUUUUAUAUGGAGGAGUAUUCCAUCAUAUGACAAACACACACCUUCAAUUUGAUGUCAUAGGAUCCACACAGCAUUCAAUGAAACCUAGGUCUAUAUCACCUCUUAAUGUUCAUAUGCCCAGCCCAUUUGACCUGUAAAGUAGUAGAGCUCCAUAACCUACACGGAACAUUGUGUACAGGAAACCUCGCAGGCCUAAAUACAAGUCAUAACAGAGCACUAAUAUAUGACUUGAAUUUGAAUUAAUACAUCUAGAUUACUCAGUUUAAUUUAUUGUAUUGUCAAAGUAGGGAUGAUGAACAGUCAAUAAACUAUGUAGUAUCUCUUAUCUUCCAGCAUCUACAUUGGGCUUUAAGAUUAUCCUCAAUUGUUGCAUUGUUUAAUUGACGACAUAUCCAUAAAAUCUUUGUGUAAAUGAAACAUAACAAUGUGUAAUUUCUUUUAACACAGUUACUUCACAGAGGGUUUUGUCAUCGGUAUUUAACUUCAAAGUGUGCCUGCAGACAGGAGCCAUCAGUUUUAUGUGUCUUUUUGAGUUAUUAUGUAUAGUUCACAUGUUGAAUAUCUACAUUAUAUCAACUGUGGCCCCUGUGUCAUUUACACCCUUCAAAAUACCCCCAAAAUUGAUUGUGUAAAUGCAGCACGCACUUAGCCAGAAAUGUCCUGGCCUGAGAAAGCUGUGACCAGCCUCUGAAAAUAAAUGUGCCAUUGUCCAACAAAAUGCACUUAGCCUUAAUUAAGAGAGAAUGAACAGUAAGGUGGAAUACUUCAUAUGGUUCAUUCUCAAGCUUCUGCCUCUGGUGUUUGCUAUAAAUAAACAAUUAAUUUUAAAUGCUACCAGAAUGUGUAACAAUUUUUAAAAGUAAAGUACAAAUUCCACAAUCUCAAUUUUAAUUUUAGUGCAAUAUUUUCAUGUAACGCAUGUAUAUUUGAAUAACUGUACAAAAGAGAGAGAGAAAGGAAGGAAGUUUUAAGAUCAAGGGUAAACUGUCUUAACCAACAAUGUAUAUUCUGUUAUUGCUGCUGUGUUGGCUUAUCUAAGGACUUGUUUUAAAAGUCUGGUUUGUCACUCUUUGUAAGUUCCUAUUCCCUGUGCUCAAAUGAGCAUGGUUCUUACAUUACAAGGAGCAAAAUCUAAAGAGCACAUCUUAAUAUAGCUGUUAAAUAAAUGACUUGUGCAUAUCAUUGUACAGUAUGUGUCAACUGUGUGCCUAAUGGUUCUCUCAAUAUUUCCCCCUUUUCUUUAACAAAGAAUGAAAACAAAUUUGGAAUGCCAUAGUCUCUCUCUUUCUGAACAGCUACAAGCUCUUUUUAUUUGGAGUUUGUAUUAUGUUUGUCCAACAGAAACGCUUGGAAAAGUACACUAAUAAAGUAUUAACA